AUGCGCCAUGGAUUCUUUGAUAGUUUCGCCAAAUUGUCUAAAGGAACAGGCGGUGGCCAAACGGAAAAGGGCGAAACACAUCGUAGCGACCGUACAAGUAGCAUUCCAAACGACGGGUUUCCUCCAGGACUCAGUGCAGAAAAUUUGCGUAGCAUAAAGGAAUUAUUCAACAAACAAACCCCUGAAAAACAGAAGCAGCUCAUGGAACAAGCACUCGAAUUCCAAAAAAAAAUGGGCAAAAUACCGGGCUUUCGAAAGAUUUCAGAGCAGGGUGUGCAGACGAUGGAGGCGUUCCUUAAACAACAAUCUGUAGGCGGUAGUGGUAGUCCUUCACCAGGUGGCAUUUUUCCUUCAGAAGAGGUUAACUCUGUGCAGGGACAGUUUUCAAAUCAGCGACAUGGCACUAUCAUGAAGUCGUCCCCUGCAGUGAUUAGCGGGAAUGGAGGGUUAACUCUGGAUGAGCUGAAGAAAGUCAAUCUCGGACCUGAAAUAGAGGCCCUAUUUGAGGAACUUCGCUCCAUUCGUGAAAAAAAAAAUCAUUAUCGAGAGCUUUACAACAAAACCAAGGCUAUGUUAGAGACAGAAUCAAAAGAAAAGAACGAGCUUGCUUCGUCACUAAACAGAGUUCAUGGAAGGCUAAAACGGGCUGAGCAUGAGGUCCUUCUCCUAAACUCGGAAUGUAUGGAUUCAAAACAAGUGGCCUCACAGGUGAAGUCCCUGAUUGCUCAGAACCGCCGCCUUUCCGAUGAACUAAACGAAAGAAAGGCGGCGGUGGCAUCCUCCGCCGACCCAUCUCACGCGGACUUACAGCGGCGGUUGAAGGCUAAGGAGGCGGCACUGCAUUCGCUCCAGCGCAAAGUCGAGCGUAUGCGGCGGCGCGAUCCCAUUCUAGGCUUCUCCAUCCUCUGCAGCGACGUCGCCCGUUUCUGUGACACAGCGCGUGACCCAUUAAAGGGCCUUGCCGAUGAAGCCUUUGAGGUCCUACAGACCAACUAUCUGAGGCAGCAGCAAGCGGUUUGGGCCGCGGCCGCAGGAAACGACAACGGUGCCGCCGCCAAGGCGUUUGUGGCGGUGGUGAAGAGAUUUUUUAGCUCCCGUCUCCCUCACUAUAAUUACGACGCUAUGAUGACAGUAGAGGGUGACGUUCAGGCGCUGAAGGAUAUUGUGAAUGGCCUGGGCUUUCUUAUAUCACCCGUGGCGGGCAAAGAUGGGCGGUGGAUGUUGGCCUCACAAGCAGACGCAACGCCACUGACAACGUCACUGGGACCUUAUGCCUAUGCAUUUACCCUCUGGUAUUUAUCGACAACUAGAAUUAGUAAUAGUAGUAGUAGCAAUAAUAAUGAUAGCAACCCUAAUAGGAAUCCAAAAGAUAGCGAUUACACUAGUAGCACUAACGGGCUAGUCUCCCUCCCCUUCGCGGCGUUGCCGUACACUGUGACCCAUGUUGUGCCGUACGUCUCGUCAACGCUUGUGGAAAAUCAAAAUCGCAUCUCGAUUGAGUAUGAAACUGCGCGUUCAAGUGGACCUGGUGGGCAGGCCACUAACACCACGGAAACGCAAAUUCAUGGUAAGCUUUUCAUCGAUGGGGCGACGGCCUUCAGUGCACAAGCACAAGACUCCCGCAGUGCUCUGCAGAACAAGGAAUCGGCAACAGCAAAACUCAUGGCAAAACGUCGACAACAAUAUAACGAGAAUCUUUCUAAGCAACAUCAUGCCGAAGAAAUGGAAAAGAAUAUGCUAACUGUAAUGUCAGCUGUGAGCAUCGGGACGUUCGCGACAGCGGCUGUGGAGAUCUUCGCUACAGAGAGUGUGCAAAGAGCCGCUGAGGCUGAAUUCAUUCCCAAGGCAGAAAUCGCACUUGUCAGAUGUUUCUUACUUUUAAAAAAAAAGCUCAAGGGUAACAAAGCAUCUGGAUAG